AAGAUUUCAAUUUGAUGCUCCGAAUACGUAUGCGUCGUGAGUUUCUCCAAGGAGGUUCUUAGCGAUUUUAGUGCUAAUAUCGCAUUUAGCGUUGAAGAACAACAUCACACUCAAUUUGGAAGCAAUCAUGUCAGGAAUCAACAGGAGCAACGGUGAGUUCCAGCCGGAAGUGGAACCGGAUGCGGAGCCUGAGGACGCAGUGGACGACCGGACGCGGGCCCUGCUGCAGCAAACGCAAGCCUUUUACCGCCCGCCAACGACCGCGGAGGGACGGCACCCGGCGCAAAAUCCAUCCGCGGCCCGGGCAACGCACGCCCAGGCUGUCGCAUCAAGAAACGAUGAUCCGAGUACUACUAUGAUGGUGCACAGUCCUCAACAACGAGCUCCGCAAGUUGUGGUACAGGCUGCAGCCGGACGAGCACCCGAACUACAAGUGAGAGCUGUUGCGCCGUUGGACUACAGCAACGGACAACUGGACCUGCCACGAAGACGCACGGACCAAGAGGAGAACCCUGUCGUCUUCAACAACAUUUCGAUAAAUCCCAACGCGAGCUCCUUCAACCAGAAGAUAUUGAGUCCGUAUUCACCGCGGAAUCCGGUCGUGGUGUCCUGCUACAACCAUCAGUCGCGUGGAAGCUGCCCCUCGGAGCACUCUCAUCAGCGGUCUCCGGUCGUGCCGGUCACGCCUGUAGGUACUGGUGGUGUUGGUGGUACGGCGCAUCAACAUCCCACAACUAAUGAGCGACAUCGUCGAGGAUCAAGCGGUAGCGGUUAUGGUACACAGCCUCCCUCCUAUCACUCGCACAAGUAUGGGAGGAAACAUGUUGAGCCGGCAGAUAUGUUGAACAGAAGGUCCAGCAGUUCGCAUUUUCAGUCCACAAAACCAGAAAGCAAAAAAAUGCAUCCAGCAGUUGGCGGUGCGCCACAGCAUGUGGGUCCUGCAGGAUGUCCUUGUGAAAUGAGUUGUAACAAGGAGAACUUCUACCCGACAAGGUAUAAUUCAUCGGGGCAGCGGAGCCCUUGCAGUAGGACACCUCCGCCGCGCGAUGUCUGGAAGGGAGGAGGUUCAAGAAUGUUUGAGCCAGGUCCGCAGGAGAGCGCUCUUCGACCUGACGGCUACGCGACACACUAUCAUCCGAAUCAUGCGCCGGCACUGCAGGGACAGAGACAGAAUGACCAGCAACCACUGAUGUACCACCAGACUGCUGGGUAUGGGGCAACAUCAAAGAGCUGGAACGGCGAUCAGGUUCCAGUAGCGGGCUUUGUUGUGGCAAACACCUGGGACGAACGGAAGCCGAAAAGCGAGCAGGAGACAACGCGGGACAGUGUUUGGGCCGUCGUGUACUGCACGGCGCUGGUUGCCGACGUGGUGCUCUUCGCAUGCAGCUUGCUGCUCAAGAGACAUCGAAUCCACUGCUGUCUUGCUCGUGUGGGGCUCUACUUUCUCUAUGUCGGCAUAAUUCUGCGCUGGGUACGAGAUUGGAAAAAGUGCGUUUCGCCUGUCUUUGUCUGUUUUGGCGCUCAAUUGAGUUGUUCCUAUGCGAUUUUUUACGGAAGCAUCCAUGACGUUCUGUCGUUGGAAAGGACCACAAGUCGAGAGCGAACUUGGUUUAGAUUUGGAAACCGCUCCGGUUGCGCUGCGAGGAGACAGAGUUGAAGCACGUUUUUUUCACCCACCUGCAUACCGCAGCCGCUUGUGCGCCGGACGCUUUCACCCAGUCUAUGAUAAAGAAGGGCAGCUUGUCGACGUUCCGGGCUAGUAUUCCACAUCACUCUAGUCAUUGCGUUUUCUUUUACUCAGUGUGGGUCUUAUUUUUUUCAUCGCUUUUUAUUUUUAACCAGUGUUGCUGCUCCGAGACGAGAAUUUUUUCGUGCGUAUGUCAAUGUGAUGCCCUUGCAAAUGCAACUACAGCAUCCGCCGAAUCAGCGCUAUGCUUGGUGUGGGCAUUGCAUUUGCAACAAACGGUGUCACGUUUGGAUUGCUGGGGUCUGUAUGGAUGGAAGAAGUAAGUACUUCACGGCCUUUCCGCAAUUGGUCCAAUUGAUAUGGAUGUACAUCUAUGUUGGCUCUCAUUUUUCAAGGCAUUUUUGCAUUUGAUGGGAGGCAGUAGAAAAAAGCGUCGUAUUUCAAUCCCGUCGAAAAAUAAACAUAGUGUCGCGCAAGUGCUUUUUUCGCUCGCAUUCAUCGGCGUAAUCGACGACUGGGUAGUUUGUGGCGUAUCCUUUGGCGUUGUUUUCGGACGAGCGCUGGCUGUGCCAUUGCUCUUUUGUGGCUGAAACCCGUCGUAAGUACGCGGCUCGCCUCCUGGCCUCACUUCUGCAGUACACGACGUUGCUUUUGCUGACCGGCCGGAAAAGUCGGGAGCCAAUUCGGAAAACUUAGCUUCGGAAAUUUUGCCCGCUGACGUCGCUGUGCGCAUGACAUUUUUACAUCGCCCGAAGCUGCUUGCGGCGACGGACGGUGCAAAGGUUUUUGAUGUGGUGCAGUCCGUCGGGUAUGCAUGACAUUUUUACAACAUUGUCAGCCUGUCAUGAGUUUUUGUUGGACUCAACGAGCUUAUUGUAACUGCUCAAUGAAAGACUGCGAUAAUUCCUUUUGGUCUUGCGUCCACAAAAAUGGCGCGAUCGGUCUGAACUGGCAGUGAAUGCGAUGUUGCACGCAUAGUUCGUGAAAUGAAAACAGAAAGAGAAACAUGAUUCCAACUUCAUUCUUGAGACAAAACGGAUUCUGCUCCUCUUGCGCAGAAUCAGUAGCAGGAGCAAAACCUAAAAAC